GUUACAGAUAAACCGAUAGAUAUUGCCUAUGAAUGAUCUCAAUGGCGGCGGCAAAUUUUGCACCACUCCACCACCACCAUUUCCGCCGCUGCUCGUCCCCGCCAAAUUCGAGCUCGUUGUUGAUAUCAAAGGCGUGUUUCCUUAGCAGAAAUUUUUCAUCCUCCUACUCGUUUUGUGCGUCGAUCCAGCCCGCGAAAAUCACUCAUGGACAGCUAGUUAAUUGCUCUCCGUCGCCGUCCUCCACUUCGCCGGAAGUUAGUGCCGCCACGGCUGAGUCAUGUGUUAAUUUGGGGCUGGCGCUUUUCGCCAAAGGACGGGUUAAGGAUGCUCUUGAACAGUUUGACACUGCUCUCACUUUGGAUCCUAACCCUGUGGAGGCUCAAGCUGCGCUGUAUAACAAAGCUUGCUGCCAUGCCUACAGGGAGGAAACCAAGAAAGCUGCUGAAUGUUUACGAACAGCUUUGAGAGAAUAUGACCUCAAGUUUGGAACCAUUCUAAAUGAUCCUGAUUUGGCCUCAUUUAGAGCUAUGCCUGAAUUCAAGGAAUUGCAAGAAGAGGCAAGACUGGGUGGAGAGGAUAUAGGCUAUGGCUUUCGAAGGGAUCUAAAGCUCAUUAGUGAGGUCCAGGCACCAUUCCGCGGGAUUCGCAGAUUUUUCUAUGUGGCAUUCACAGCUGCUGCGGGAAUCUCAUUGUUCUUAACCAUACCUAGACUAUUUGCUGCAAUUAAAGGUGGUGAUGGUGCUCCUGACCUGUUACAGACAUCUGAAAAUGCAGGAAUAAAUAUUGGAGGUAUUAUUGUUUUUGUGGCUUUAUUCUUAUGGGACAACAAAAAGGAGGAGGAACAGCUUGCUCAAAUUACAAGGAAUGAAACACUAUCAAGGCUUCCUCUGCGCCUUUCGACAAACAGGAUUGUUGAACUUGUGCAGCUACGGGACACAGCAAGGCCUGUUAUUUUGGCUGGUAAGAAAGAGACAGUUGAUUCAGCCAUGCGAAAGGCAGAGAGGUUUCGAACGGAUCUUCUCCGGAGAGGAGUUAUACUGAUUCCUGUUGUAUGGGGUGAAAGGAGAGAACCGCUGGCAGAGAAAAAAGGCUUUGGUCUUUCUCCAAAAGCAGCUGCUUCUCUCCCAUCAAUUGGGGAAGAUUUUGAUAAGCGAACUCAAUCAGUUGUUGCAAAUUCAAAAAUCAAAGCUGAGAUUCGAUUCCGAGCAGAAGUGGUAUCACCUGCUGAAUGGGAAAGGUGGAUAAGAGAUCAACAAGAGGCUGAAGGCAUAACACCGGGUGAAGAUGUGUACAUAAUUCUCCGUCUAGAUGGCCGUGUUCGAAAAUCAGGGCUGGGAAUGCCUGAUUGGCAAGAAAUUGUGAAGGAGGUGCCCCCAAUGGAAGAUCUCUUGAGCAAGCUGGAGAGAUAAACCACGUGUUGGAGGGUGCUAGUUGAGAUUAAAUUAUUUCUAUUCUAUGCUGUUGUUAUAUGCAUAUAUACUUGUGAGAAAAUAUUGUAUACUUCUUCCUCAAAUUGAUCUACCGUUAUAGUGAGUGCAAAUUGAUAUC